AUGAAUCUUGCCGAUAAGAAGGCAAUUUUUGUGAAGACUUUGAGUGUGAAAGCUGCUGAAGAUGAUGGUAAUUGCGGGAUAAGUGGAUUGGCUUUGAUUUCCUGUGAUGAAAUUCUACUUGCUGACUGUAACAAUGAUUGUGUUAAAAUUUUAAAUGUCCGAGAAAGCAAGAUCAGCUCAAGAUAUUCUAGUCAACCACCGUCAAAACCAUGGGAUGUCGCUGUGAUCAACGAAGAAAUUGCUGCAGCAACAAUGCCAGAAAAAGGGGAAAUUAUUUUCAUGGACACAACAAAUGGUCUGUCUAAAAGCCAUACUCUGAAAAUAAGGAAAGGGUGUAGAGGAAUUGAUCAUCAGAAUGGUAUAAUUGUUGUGUCUUUCUGUUCAUCGCCGGCUGUUCAGAUACUAAACAUGAAAGGCAAGAUUCUGAAUGAGGUCAGUGAUGCAAGUAUAUUUGUGGCCCCUAGUUUUGUAGCUUUCAGUAAAGAUUCCAAGAGUAUUUAUGUGUCAGAUUAUUUGAAGCACGCAGUGUAUGAAUUAAGGUUAGAUGGAGAAGUAAAGACUACAACGAAAUGUUGGAAAGAUAAUUAUCCGAGAGGACUAGCUGUUGCCAGUGAUGGAACUGUUGUUGUCUGUUGCGAAAAUACCUGGGAUAGGCUUACCCUGUUGAUGUCAAAUACUGGAGAAAUACGAUAUCUCACUGUGGAGCAUGUAGAGGAACCAACUGCUUUCCUCCUUUAUGAAGAACAGAACAAAAUUGUCUUGUGUGGAAGUGACAGUGACUGCAAUGAAAUGAAAAUAUUUGAUUUAAGGUAG